GCCUCAAAUGAUUCAGUAUGUGUCCUGAAAAGAUAAUGGUUAUGUUAUGACAUUUAAAAUCGUAAAGUGAAAUUCAUCCCAAUAAAAAAAAAAGAAAAUUUAUGGACGUAAAGUCAAUAAUAGUAUCAACAAAAUGUACAAUUGAAACGACGGAUCUUGAAUUCCCUACAUAUAUAUAUGUUUUGAUUCCUGGAAGCAUCCUGUAAAUUUCUUUAUAUCUUAGGUAAUAAUACUAGUAUAUGUACAUAUAAAAAAUAAAAAAAAAUAAAAAGAAAAAAAAGAAAAGAAAAGAUGGGUUCGGGUCCAGCUCCCAACAAACAUUUCCGGGUCGCUCGAAACCCUUUCUAAAACCCACAACUCUACCGUUCGGAAGGGUUGCUUGUUUGGAGGCUGAGAAACACUGAGAGAAAAAAUUAAAUGAAAUGACGGAAAAUCCCAAGCACUUACUGAAUUCAAUACCUGAACCAUCCAGACCUUCGAAAAUACCUAAAACCCAAGAUCACAACGACCAAGAAGAAGAAGAAGAUAAACAACAAGAAGAAUCAAACAUGAGCAAGAACCCUAGAAUCCAACGCUAUUUAAUUGCUAUUGAGUACAUUGGCACUCGCUUCUCUGGCUCGCAACAGCAGCCCAAUUGCCGCACAGUCGUUGGCGUAUUAGAGGAGGCUUUUCAUAAAUUUAUUGGUCAGCCAGUUUCAAUUGUUUGCUCAAGUCGGACUGAUGCUGGUGUACAUGCCUUGUCAAAUGUUUGCCAUGUUGAUGUGGAACGCAUAAGCAAAAGGAAGCCUGGUGAAGUGUUACCACCUCAUGAACCAUCCGUUGUUAGAAGAGCUGUGAACCAUUUCUUACAGAAGAAUGAAGGUGAUAUUAUGGUGAUUGAUGUUCGAAGUGUUCCAAAUGAUUUUCAUGCCAGAUUUAAAGCUCAGGAGCGCACGUACUUCUACCGCUUGCUAUCUGGAUCAGAACCUUUGUCUACCUUUGAAAAAGAGCGGGCAUGGCAUGUACCAGAGAAAUUAGAUCUACAUGCAAUGCAGGAAGCAUGCAAAGUUCUUGUUGGUCAUCAUGAUUUUAGUUCCUUCAGGGCAGCAGGUUGCCAGGCAAAAUCACCAAUCAGAACUUUAGAUGAACUCCAUGUUUCUGAGGUACCUGCAACUCCUUAUUUUCCCUCAGUCACAGAUAAGGAACAGAGUAAUUCAAGCUUGGAAGAUUUUCAAGCGUGCUCUAAGCCUCAGGUUGACCGGCCCAUUAAUUCAUUCUCCAAUAGUGAUGAUGUAAUAGACGCAAAUGUUAAAACAAAUCAAGAAUUUGGCAUAAGGAGAAGGCAUCAAUGCUAUGUGGUUACAGCACGUGCACGCUCAUUUCUUUACCACCAGGUCAGACUGCUUGUUGGUGUUCUCAAAUGUGUUGGCACUGGAGAGUUGACAACUUCUGAUGUGGAAAGAAUUUUGAAUGCAGAAACGGUAACUGCUGCAAGUCCAAUGGCCCCUGCAUGUGGCUUAUACCUUGGACGUGUGAAGUAUGAUCUGCCAUGAGAUGCUUAAGCUGCUGUUUCCUACAUGAGCUUCUGCUUUGGACGGACGGAUAUACCAUGAGGGCAAUUGCCUCCUCUGAAAUCCUAGCCUUUUUUUCUUUUGGAGUAAUAUUAAGUAACUAUUACCUUUCUCGGCAAAGAGGGGGGCAAAAAUUAUUUAGAGCAAUCAAAAUAUGCAAGGAAAUGCAGUUGUCAUUUUGAUUGAUGUCGUGGGAAACCUAUAUUUGGUAUUAUUCUAUAUUGGGGCCAACCGAUUGCCUGUAGUCCAGAACUUGGUGUUGGACAACCUACCAGUAAUUUAGAACCAACAAGAUUUGUCAUUCUUGGUUUGCUGACUUACAGUAAUAGUAGUAUAAUUUUCUAGCCAACCACAAACCAUAUUUGACAAUUACCGAAUGGCAGAUGACAAGGAGGUGAACUAACAACACUGUAAAUUUUGAUCUAUACAUUUUUCUCAACCAUACAUGAAGGGCUGAGCGCAAAAUCACCUACCUGAUAAAGCCAACCCCAAUGGAUUUUGGUAUAUAAACUCAGCACC